AUGGAGCCAGAUAAUUUUGCUGAAGAUGCAGGUGAUGCGGCCAGUGACAACAACAGCAAUAUUGUGGACAUUGGUGAGCCUCGACUGUGGAAAAGUUACUGGGAAGAAGAUGAGGAUGAUGUGAUUGAUUUUACAGAAGAAGAGGUUAAAAAUGAUCCUGCAAAGAGAAUUCUAUGGGCAGCAGAAAAUAACCAUUUGGAGAUUGUCAGUGAACUGUUGACCUCUGACCCUGGGCUGGUACACUCAAAAGAUACUGACCUCUACACGCCACUACACAGAGCUUCAUACAACAACCACGAGGAGAUGGCGAAGCUGCUCUUGUCUAACGGAGCAGAUGUGGCAAGUAAGACUGCUGAUGGGUGGCAACCUUUACACAGUGCAUCCCGAUGGAAUUCGGUGGAGACCGCCCAGGUUCUCAUCAACUGUGGUGCUGAUGUGAAUGCGAGAACCAAUGGCGGACUCACACCAUUACACAUGGCAGCAUCUGAACCAGAGAAUGAACAGAUGCUGGAGCUGCUGCUGACUGACCCCUGUAUCGACACCAACAUUAGGUCGAGAGCAGGAGAAACUGCCAAGGAUAUCUGUCAGAGAUGCAGUCCACACUACAAACUGUUUGACUUGUUAGAAGAUAAUGUCACUGAAUUGAAUGAGGAAUUAUAA